UUAAAAACACUUUGAGAUAUCAGUUUUUAUUAAUUAUAAUCUGCAAAAUGGCAACUACUAAUUCUUUUACAAUUUUAAUUUUUAUGAUAUUAGCAACUACUAGUUCAACAUUUGCUACGUUGGGAGAAAUGGUGACUGUUCUUAGUAUUGAUGGAGGUGGAAUUAAGGGAAUCAUUCCGGCUACCAUUCUCGAAUUUCUUGAAGGACAACUUCAGGAAGUGGACAAUAAUACAGAUGCAAGACUUGCAGAUUACUUUGAUGUAAUUGGAGGAACAAGUACAGGAGGUUUAUUGACUGCUAUGAUAACUACUCCAAAUGAAACCAAUCGACCAUUUGCUGCUGCCAAAGAUAUUGUACCUUUUUACUUCGAACAUGGCCCUAAGAUUUUUCAAUCUAGUGGUUCAAUUUUUGGCCCAAAAUAUGAUGGAAAAUAUCUUAUGCAAGUUCUUCAAGAAAAACUUGGAGAAACUCGUGUGCAUCAAGCUUUGACAGAAGUUGCCAUCUCAAGCUUUGACAUCAAAACAAAUAAGCCAGUAAUAUUCACCAAGUCAAAUUUAGCAAAGUCUCCAGAAUUGGAUGCUAAGAUGUAUGAUAUAUGUUAUUCCACAGCAGCAGCUCCAACAUUUUUUCCUCCACAUUACUUUGCUACUAAUACUAGUAAUGGCGAUAAAUAUGAGUUCAAUCUUGUUGAUGGUGCUGUUGCUACUGUUGCUGAUCCGGCGUUAUUAUCCAUUAGCGUUGCAACGAAACUUGCACAAGUGGAUCCAAAAUUUGCUUCAAUUAAGUCAUUGAAUUACAAGCAAAUGUUGUUGCUCUCAUUAGGCACUGGCACUACUUCAGAGUUUGAUAAAACAUAUACAGCAGAAGAGACAGCUAAAUGGGGUGCUAUACAAUGGAUGUUAGUUAUCCAGAAAAUGACUGAUGCAGCAAGUUCUUACAUGACUGAUUAUUACCUUUCUACUGCUUUUCAAGCUCUUGAUUCACAAAACAAUUACCUCAGGGUUCAAGAAAAUGCAUUAACAGGCACAACUACUGAAAUGGAUGAUGCUUCUGAGGCUAAUAUGGAAUUAUUAGUACAAGUUGGUGAAAAUUUAUUGAAGAAAUCAGUUUCCAAAGACAAUCCUGAAACCUAUGAGGAAGCUCUAAAGAGGUUUGCAAAAUUGCUUUCUGAUAGAAAGAAACUUCGAGCAAACAAAGCAUCUUAUUAAUUCAAGGUCUUGGGUUGUAGUUGUAAAUUUAUUAUGCUAAAUAAUAAGCGCUUGCAAAGUUUAUGAGGGAUAAAUUUCAUUAGAAAUGUCUCUCUAUGUAAUGUGUGUUUGGAUUAUGUAACAUUUUGGUUGUGCUUAAUGUUUGAAUAAAUUAUGGUGAUUUUGUAUUAUGA